AUGGAUAUCAUAUCACAAUUAUUCCCAUUGGAAUACUACAAGAGUUUAUUACCAUUGGAAUACAACUCUUUUGAAAGUUUUGUAAAGGUUGAUUUCUCGAAAUGGGAUUGGAGUCAAUUGAUCCCAUCUGAAAACUUCAAGUACGAAGAAGGUGUUACUCCCUUUUCAAACAAGAACUUUAUCUUUAUGGCCAUCAUCUCUUACCUUUUAACUGUUUACACCAUCAAAGCUGCCAUGAGUAACUCCAAGUUAAAGGGGUUCUCAUUGGGCUAUGUCAGUGCUAUCCAUAACCUCAUUCUUUGUGGAUGGUCACUUGUCAUGGUACUUGGUGUUGCAUAUGAUGCUUAUUUAAUUGCUACUACUACAUCACAUGGAAUUAAUUGUAUCUUUUGUUCACCAAAAUCAAAUCCAUUCUCUGGUAGAAUCUUCUAUUGGCAUUAUUUAUACUUUAUCAGUAAAUUCUAUGAAUUUUUAGAUACUAUUAUCAUUGUUUUGAAAAAGAAACCACUUAUCUUUUUACAUAUCUGGCAUCAUUCUAUUGUAGUAUUGAUUGUUUGGACUUGGUUACCAGAAGGUAUUGCCUAUGGUAAUGUUGGAUUGUUUGCCAAUACACUUGUCCAUGUUUUCAUGUAUUAUUACUACUUUAGAACCUCUCUUAACCCAAGUAUUCGUAUCUGGUGGAAGUCAUAUCUCACCUCUGGUCAAUUGUUCCAAUUCACCAUGUCCUUUAUUCUCGCCAUUCCAUUCCUCGUCCAAGAUAUCUCGUACGACAAGGAGACUGGUAUCGUCGGUCACUCUUGUGUUGGAUGGGGUGGUUUCUCAUUCACCAUGAUGAACAACUUGUUCUUCCUCAUCCUCUUUAUGAACUUUUACAUCAAGACUUAUCUCACUGGUGGUGCCAACAAAAAGGGUAAUACCAGAGGUAACACUAUUAGAUCAUCAUCAUCACCAAGUACCAGCAACAAAAAAGUUCAAUAA